AUGCUAUGUGCCAGUUCCCCACCCACAUUUAAGGGUAUAAAAGGAUCAUGGAGGCUGGAGAGACUCAGACCUCACCCACAUCCACCUCCAGCAGCUCACCUGCUCACCCACCACCUCUCCCAGCGCCAUGCCAUACAACUGCUGCCUGUCCAGCCUGAGCUGCCGCUCCAGCUGCUCCUCCCGGCCCUGCGUGCCCCCCAGCUGCCAUGGCUGCACCCUGCCCGGGGCCUGCAACAUCCCCGCCAACGUGGGCAACUGCAACUGGUUCUGCGAGGGCUCCUUCAAUGGCAGCGAGAAGGAGACCAUGCAGUUCCUGAACGACCGGCUGGCCAGCUACCUGGAGAAGGUGCGGCAGCUGGAGCGCGAGAACGCGGAGCUGGAGAGGCUCAUCCAGGAGCGCUGCCAGCCGCAGGAGCCCCUGCUGUGCCCCAGCUACCAGUCCUACUUCCGCACCAUCGAGGAGCUCCAGCAGAAGAUCCUCUGUGCCAAGUCUGAGAACGCCAGGCUGGUGGUGCAGAUCGACAAUGCCAAGCUGGCCUCUGAUGACUUUAGGACCAAGUACCAGACGGAGCAGUCCCUGCGGCAGCUGGUGGAAUCCGACAUCAACAGCCUGCGCAGGAUCCUGGACGAGCUGACCCUGUGCAAGUCGGACCUGGAGGCGCAGGUGGAGUCCCUGAGGGAGGAGCUGCUGUCCCUGAAGAAGAACCACGAGGAGGAAGUCAACACCCUGCGCUGCCAGAUUGGAGACCGCCUCAACGUGGAGGUGGAUGCUGCCCCCACCGUGGACCUCAACCGCGUGCUCAACGAGACCAGGGCUCAGUACGAGGCCCUGGUGGAGACCAACCGCAGGGAAGUGGAGGAAUGGUUCACCACGCAGAGUGAGGAGCUGAACAAGCAGGUGGUAUCCAGCUCAGAGCAGCUGCAGACCCAUCAGGCCGAGAUCAUCGAGCUGAGACGCACGGUCAACGCCCUGGAGAUCGAGCUGCAGGCCCAGCACAACCUGAGGAACUCCCUGGAAAACACGCUGACGGAGAGCGAGGCGCGCUACAGCUCCCAGCUGUCCCAGGUGCAGUGCAUGAUCAGCAACGUGGAGUCGCAGCUGGGUGAGAUCCGGGCGGACCUGGAGCGGCAGAACCAGGAGUACCAGGUGCUGCUGGACGUGCGGGCCCGGCUGGAGUGUGAGAUCAACACGUACCGGAGCCUGCUGGAGAGCGAGGACUGCAAGCUCCCCUGCAACCCGUGUGCCACCACCAACGCCAGUGGCAGCUCCUGCGGACCCUGCUGCAGCUCUCAGAAGCGCUGCUAA